AUCACUACGUUACGCAAGUGUAUGCAGAGCUGUGAGUUACGCAAGUGUUACACAAGAGUCAGUUCUACUGAAACAGGCAAACGGAUCGGUCAAGAAAUAGAAAACGCUUCAUGAUGGCGGGAUUGUUCAAGACAAUAUUCGGCAAGCUGGACUGCCCCAACUACAAAGUCGUCACGUCUACAGCUGAUUACGAAGAGCGCCUGUAUGAGGGAGCCAGAUGGACCAGCACGACUAUCCCUGACAUAGAGCACAAGGCGGCAAGGAGCACGGGCUUUAGAAGACUUUUCAAUUACAUUUCUGGGCAUAACGAGAAAAAGGUGAAGAUCCCGAUGACAGUACCAGUGCUCACGAAGGUAGAACCAGGAGACGGGCCGUUCUGUAAAACUGACUUUACCGUGUCGUUCUUCGCGCCGUACGCUGACCAGGCCGAGGGUACGCCCCAGCCCUCUGACCCAGAUGUUUUUAACAGCUCACUGCCUGAAAUGACAGCUUAUGUUAGGUAUUUCGGUGGGUUUGCUAGCGAUGAAGACUUCACGAAGCAAGCGGAGACCCUGGCGAAAAGCCUCGACAGCGCUGGGAAGAACUAUCACAAAGACCACUACUACACAGCCGGCUACAACAGCCCUUUCAAACCGAUAAACAGGCACAACGAAGUUUGGUUCAUCAAGUCAGAUUGAGGAGAUUGUACUAGUGUAACUUUAUGUCUUCCACCGACGUCGU